AAAAAACAUAAAAGAUACUUUAUGUUGUAUGUUUUUAAAAAAUGAACAAGAAGUUGUUGAGCGCAGCCGCAUGUUAAAUGAAACGAUAACGACGUGGAAAGAAGAAAUAUCGUCUUACUGCUCAUAGCCUCUCGUAGUCUUAUUAUAGAGGUUGGACUUGGAUGCUAUAUAUAUAUAUAUAUAUCAAUGAUAUGCGUAUGUAUACAUAUGAGGACCUCAGGAUUUAAUUCUCUCAAACCAACCAAAUCAGAUGGCUAUCCAGGACCACACUAUUUAAUUUGUCUUCUUCAUCUGCUCUUCAUCAUCAUCAAUUCAUCAUAAUCUCAUCCUUCCACGUUUUGCCUGUUUCACCCACACCUUCCAACAAACUAUAGAAUCCGCCAUUACCAUCAGAAAACUCAACCGGGGAGGACCUUACGUCGACCUCGUGACGGUCAUUGAGACCGAUGAAUAUGUUUUUCUCCGCAGCGUCGAUUUCAGACCCGACCCUACUAGUACUCAUCCCUUCUUGGAUCUCUCUGUUCAUAGGUACAGGGGGCCCUCGGAGGUUAAGAGCUCCAGCAAACGCCAAAGUUAUGGAUGUGUGUAACCACGAGGGUUGGAGUUUAGCAGACCCAAGAUCAGAACAAUCCCUUGCUCUUCAUGCCUAUCUAACAACAAUAAACCUGCCUAGUGUCUCGCAAAGCAUGGAUUCUUAUGAGUGGGUAGUAGAGGACAACUCCUGUAAGGGUUUCUCAACUAGGAAAACAUGGGAUGCGCUCAGGCCGCGAGCACCUCUUGUGGAUUGGCACGACUCAGUUUGGUUUAAAGGAGCUAUGCCCAGGCACGCUUUCAACAUGUGGAUAGCAAACCUGGAUCGUCUCCCUACUAAAAUGAGAUUGGUAAGAUGGGGAAUGAACAUUAACAGUACCUGUGACUUAUGCUCUCUGUACCAGGAAACCAGAGAUCAUCUUUUCUUGGCUUGUGAUUAUGCACGAUCCAUCUGGCUUGCCACAAAUUCGAGACUAGGCUUGCCACAAAUUUACUUCACCUCUUGGUCGGACCUCAUCUCCUGGACAAAAGUGAAGAAUAACAGAUCCCCGCCGACUCUGAGAAAAUUGGUAGCCCAAUCGGUCAUAUAUGCAAUAUGGAAACAGAGGAACAACCUUCUUCACAACCAAACCUGCAUCACACCUUCUAUCCUCUUCAAAGAAAUAGAUCGUGAGAUCAGGAACUCAAUCAUUGCAAGACAGCUGAAAAAGCGGUUCAAGAACCUUAUGGGACUGUGGUUGUAAUGAAUUAGAUAUCUUAGCCUUUUGUGCACAAUUGCUUUCUUGUUUUAUUUUUUUGCCAAGAAACCAAUGUAAAGGUUGUAAAACCAACUCUUCAUUAAUAUGAUAUUUGCACGUUAGCAAAAAAAA